UUUGUUUUAUAUUUUUUCAGUUGUAUUAUUUUUAGUUUUUAGUUUUCCAUCUUUUGCAGCAGUGUAACAGAAGCUCUAUUUAAUGGAAGGUUUCUCUGGGCUUAGAGGUUUCCAUGUUAAUGCCUUUAAAAUUCAAUGUUUAACUUCUGCCUUAGCCUCAAGCUGGAAAGUGACAAUGAAAGAUAGUAUAGGACAGUGUGUAAUUUCAUUUUACAAAGUUUUAUCAGAAUUGAUUCAACUGAUAUGUAAACAGGGGAAACCUCAGGAACUUUCUUUUCCCCCCAGCCUGCACAUUCAGUUCAAUUUCAGGCUGUACACUGUUUACCUGACAAGUGGCUUGCUACGGGAUGUCUCCUGACUGAUUGGAUUUGCUGAGUUGGUUCCUGUCUGAAACCGUGAGGAAGGGGACUAGGACACCCCCAGGGAUCCCUUCCAGGUCUGUAUUCCCAGGCCAAGGUCCUACAGACCGGGCACAGAGGGGGAAGAUUUUUCAGAUGUUUUGGUGCGAACACAAUUGCUUCCCGAGGGAGAAAUUUGGCAUGUUUCCUGAGAGAACCGUGCUUGCGUAAGCAGCCCCCUGCCACCCUCUGAGCUGUGCUAGUACAACCAUUUGUGGGGCUGGUGGUAAAUUGCACCGGGGGAACUGCAGUGGGUUCAGAAGCACCUUUUCUUCCUUUUUAUCAAUUACUUUGAAUUGUCUGACUGUGUGGCUGCUGUGUCAGGGCUGAGAAGGUUGCCUGGAAGGAGGGAACAUGUGGCAGGGAGCAGGAGAUGGCCAGUGACCCAUGUGCCGAGCAGCCCCGGCCCACACCUGGCAUGCUGGCUGGAGUCAGCCCCUGCCACUGAGGCCAGGAGGAGCGAGGAAUCACCAUGGCCUCAUCCCAGCGAGCCCGGCACAUUGGCCCUCCUGAUGGAGGCUGGGGAUGGAUGAUUGUUGCUGGCUGCUUCCUUGUCACUAUCUGUACCAGGGCCGUGACAAGGUGCAUCUCCAUAUUUUUUGUGGAGUUCCAGGCAUACUUUGGGCAGGAUUAUGCCAGAACUGCUUGGAUCCACUCCAUUGUUGACUGUGCUACAAUGCUCUGUGCCCCGCUUGGGAGUUUAAUCAGUAAUCAUGUAUCCUGCCAAGUUGGUAUCAUGCUAGGAGGGCUGCUUGCAUCUUCUGGACUAAUUUUGAGCUCAUUCGCCACCAGUCUGGAACAUCUCUACUUAUCAUUAGGAGUCCUUACAGGACUUGGGUUUGCACUUUGUUAUUCUCCGGCCAUUGCGAUGGUGGGCAAAUACUUCAACAAAAGGAAAGCACUGGCGUAUGGAAUAGCCAUGUCAGGAAGUGGAAUUGGUACCUUCAUCCUGGCCCCCGUAGUCCAGCUCUUAAUUGAGCAGUUUUCCUGGCGAGGAGCUUUACUCAUCCUGGGAGGUUUUGUUUUAAACCUCUGUGUCUGUGGCGCCUUGAUGCGGCCCAUUUCUCUUAAGGAGGAUCGUAAAACUGUUCCUGAGUUUCUUGAACAGGAUCGUGUCCCUGAAACAGAGAAACAAGACUUAAAGCAAAUGUCCGUCUGUUCACCUUUAAUCAAAGUGUGGUCUCGUGACUGUUUAUGCUACUGUUCACAGAAGGAAUAUGACUUUUUACUGAUGCCAGGCUUCAUGGUGCUGGCAGUGUCAGUUUUAUUUAUGGCAUAUGGAUGUAGCCCUCUUUUUGUCUACCUAGUGCCUUAUGCUUUGAGUGUUGGAGUGAGUCAUCACCAGGCUGCCUUCCUCAUGUCCAUACUUGGUGUCAUAGACAUCAUUGGUAAUAUCACCUUUGGAUGGCUAACAGACAGAAGGUGUCUGAAGAAGCAUCGGUACUUUUGCUACCUCUUUGCUGUGGGAAUGGAUGGCCUUUGUUGUCUUUUCCUGCCAGUUCUCCAAAACUUCCCCUUGCUUGUGCCUUUCUCAUUUACCUUUGGCUACUUUGAUGGAGCCUAUGUAACGCUGAUCCCUGUCAUGACAGCAGAUGUAGUGGGAACUUCCUCCUUAUCAUCAGCACUGGGCGUUGUGUAUUUCCUGCAUGCCAUACCGUACCUAGUGAGCCCGCCUGUGGCAGGUUGGCUGGUGGACACAACUGGCAGCUAUACUGCAUCAUUCCUCCUGUGUGGAUUUUCUAUGAUAUUUAGUUCAACACUACUGUGCUUUGCAAGACUAGCAAAGAAAAUCAAAAGAACACAUUUGCGGUCGCUCACUAGUGAUACAGGCAUGAAACAGCACAUGUGGACAAACGGAGCAAUAGCUUAUUCUGUCACAGCAGAAUUAGACCAAAAGGAUGUUGAAUUUUUGUCUGUGGACACAAACAGCUGCAGCAAGAGGUGACAAGUGCCAUCAAGAUUCAGUACAACACAGCCGUGACUGAGACAGAGGUGGCUCCGUAGUGUUACACUGCUGAAGAUACUACUCCUGUGAACCAAGGCAUCUUUCAAUUAGAUUUUUCUGUCAUGCUUUAGUUGACUGAAAUCUACAUACAACAACAGUAAUACCAAGUUAAUGCAGUAAUAAAAGAAAGCUAGAAUGAAAAUAGAGUUUGUAGAUACAAAUGUUCACAGAUUUAUUGGAAAUGUAAUGUCCACUCCACAGGUAAUCAACAAUUGGCUGUACUCAACAGAAAACGAUAAAGUAAUCAGUCACCAAAACUGAAUAAUAACAUUUACAUUAUUUAAAAAAUAUUAUUAAUGACCCAUGCUUUUUGAUGGUGUGGUGUAGUAUGUUUCAAUGGACUAAUAACAUACGCCACCUCCACAUGUGAUUUAUGCUGAAAGUAUCUCUGGAGCAGCUUUAAUUU